AUGGACCCUGGCGACAGCAGCCAGGCUGCGCAGCUUCCACCCAUAGGAGGAAGAGUUGUUGAUGGUAACGGCUUCCGUGCCACCGUGCGGUACGUGGGUCCUGUCUGCACAGCGAAAGAACCAACAACGCCAUGGAUCGGGGUGGAGUUCGAUGACCCUGCAAGGGGCAAGCACGACGGGGCCGUAGAGAAACCAGACGGCUCGAGUCUGCGCUACUUCACGUGCGUCAAUGGUGGGAGCGGCAGCUUUCUUAAGCCGGGCAAGUUCUCCACCGGGAUUUCCAUGGCGGAGGCGCUGCGGCAGCAGUACGUCGACAUGAACGCACCCCUCCUGGCACCGGAAAACCUGCUCCCCGAUGCCUACGCUUCUACCUCCAAGGGUGGCAAGAAGGCGAUCGAGUUCUACGGGGAAUCUAAGAUUCGGCGGCGGCAGCAGGUCGACACCCUGGAUCACUGCACGCUUAGGGAGUGCAGCAUUUCCAAAGCUGGGGAGCUGCCGGCGUUGGCGGAGGCCGCCGGUGCUUUCGUGAACGUGGACUUGAAGGCCAACCUGCUGUCCGACUGGCAAGAGGUGGGCCUCAUCGCAUCGCAGACGAAGCUAUUGGAGAUCCUUUCUGUUGGGAGCAACAUGUUUAAAACGCCAGAUGGGGUUCCACCCUCCCUGUCAAGCGGAGCUUGUGAUCGCCUUCGAGUGUUGGAGAUAACAUCCUGUGGCAUCACCUCCUGGUCACAGGUGGCGAUGCUCGGAGAGUGGGCUCCGUCGCUGGAGGAGCUCUACGCCGCGGACAAUAACGUUUCGGAUGUAACCGCCGUCGUAGCACUACCGACGAGCGGGAACGGGCACCCUAGCGGGGAGAAGGGAGUAGGGGGGUUCCGCCGCUUGAUUGCGCUCGACCUUUCGGAGACGGAGCUGACUUCUUGGGACCAGGUCGCGUGCUUCUCGGCCCUUCCGGCCCUGUCCACCCUCCUCCUCAACCACAACCGGGUGACCGACGUCGACCUCAUCGUUUCAACUUCAUCUUCAACCUCGGCGGCGGCAGCAGAAUCGGACGGUACUAACCCCGGCCCAGUCUCCGGAGAUCAAGUAGAGGGAGACGCAGGCGGAAAACACUGCCACAAUGACGGCAAGGGUGGUGCUGCCUCUUCGGGCAUCGCUCCACCCUUCGCGGCCCUUUCGGCGAUCUCGCUAAGCGGCAACCGGAUAGGGGACUGGGGGGCGGUCGACCGUCUGGCGGGCCUGCCGUCCCUGCGCUCGCUGCGGUUCAGCGGCAAUCCGGUCACGUCUGGCCUAGGAGCAUCGGAGUCGCGCGCCGCGUGCAUCGCACGGUUGCCCAAGGUCACUAGGGUCAACGCUAGCGAGGUCGGGGCUAGGGAGAGGGCGGACGCUGAGAAGCUCUACCUUCGGGUGUUGUACAAAGACUUGGAGAAGGCGCAAGAGAGCGAAGAUAAGGGAGGCCAGGGUCUCACCAAGGGCGAGGCGGAGCAGCGAUUGGCCGAACGGCAUCCGAGAUACCGCGAGCUCUGGGCGUUGCACGGGGAUUCGAUGGCGUUCGGGGGCAGGGGAGCAGGUCUUGGGCAACAAGGUGGCAGCAUGGCUGCCGGCAUGGUGCAAGUGACUCUAAUCAGCCUGGCGGCGGUGAGCUGCACCGUGGAACCAGUGAAGAAGAAGCUUCCCGCCUCCUCGCUGACGGUGGGAAAGCUCAAGCAGCUGUGCAAGCGCCUGUUCAAGUUGGACACGGAUCAGCAGGUGUUGAGUCAUCGCCCGGAGCCUGGCGCGUUGCUGUCGACAUUGGACGACGACGAGAAGACUCUGUCCUAUUUCUGCGUGGGAGACGGGAGCGAGGUGCUGGUCAACGAGAUCGACGAGAGGCAGCAGGAGAGGGACAAGGAGCGGGCCAGGCAGGAGGAAGAGGGCCGCCUGGCCGAGCAGCUGAGGCACGCUGAUGCCCUGACUGCUCUAAGACGCGGCCAGGUCGCCCAAGAUACUGCUAGCGCACAGCUGGCCGCCGGAAAAUGAUCGGAAUGACCCGUCCGACACAGCAGGUGUUUCGAGUGGAACAGUGUGCGUACCACAUAUAUAUGCUGAGUCGGCAACGCUGCCGACCAUCACCAUCGGCACUAUCGCUCGCGGUGCUGGCCCUAGCAUUGUAUUGGUUGUUUUGGCUCGCGCUGUUAGGGC